UUCACAGGGGGAGUGGAGGGGGCAAGUGUCCAUGUUGGCCGAGCAAGGAAGGCGGCAGCCGGCGGAGACUCGUAGCGUUCAACUCCCCCCCCACCCCCUUGUUCGCUCAUUGCACGGAGACGAGACGCCAUGGAGACUGCAGAACCGGAGCAGCAGCCGGCUGCGGAGAACCGGAGCCAAAGCCUUGGUGGUCACGUUGGUUUUGACAGCCUUCCUGAUCAAUUAGUCAGCAAAUCUGUAUCACAAGGAUUCGGUUUCAACAUACUGUGUGUGGGGGAGACGGGCAUAGGCAAAUCGACGCUGAUGAACACACUAUUCAACACCAUGUUUGAGACCGAGGAGGCUACGCACCAUGAACCCGGCGUCCGUUUAAAGUCGCAGAGCUACGGCUUGAAGGAGACCAAUGUGGAUCUUAAACUGACCAUCAUCAACACAGUGGGGUUUGGUGACCAAGUUAACAAAGAGGAAAGCUACAAGCCAGUGGUCGACUACAUUGACACGCAGUUUGAGAGUUACCUGCAGGAGGAACUGAAGAUCAGACGUUCUCUACAUGACUUCCACGACACAAGGAUCCACGCCUGCCUGUACUUCAUUGUCCCCACUGGCCACUGCCUCAAAUCACUGGAUUUGGUCACCAUGAAAAAACUCGACAGCAAGGUAAAUAUUAUUCCCAUCGUAGCCAAGGCAGACACCAUUUCCAAAAGCGAGCUGCAUAAAUUUAAGAUCAAGAUAAUGAGUGAACUAGUCAGCAAUGGUGUUCAGAUCUACCAGUUCCCAACUGAUGAUGAGGCUGUAGCAGAGAUCAACUCUACGAUGAACGCACAUCUCCCGUUUGCAGUUGUCGGCAGCAUGGAAGAGGCUAAAGUGGGAAACAAAAUGGUGAAAGCUCGCCAGUAUCCCUGGGGCAUUGUGCAGGUUGAGAACGAGAAUCAUUGUGACUUUGUGAAGCUGCGUGAGAUGCUGAUCCGUGUCAACAUGGAGGACUUGCGGGAACAGACUCACACGCGGCACUACGAGCUGUAUCGGCGCUGCAAGCUGGAGGAGAUGGGCUUCAAGGACACAGACCCUGACAGCAAACCAUUCAGCCUGCAGGAGACCUACGAAGCCAAGAGGAAUGAAUUUAUGAGUGAACUGCAGAAGAAGGAGGAGGAGAUGAGGCAGAUGUUUGUGGCCCGGGUGAAGGAAACCGAGAUGGAUUUGAAGGAGAAGGAAAAGGAGCUCCAUGACCAGUUUGAUCAGCUGAAGAAAACACACCAGGAGGAGAAGAAGAGGCUGGAGGAGAAGCGGAGGGACUUGGAGGAGGAGAUGAACGCCUUUAACCAGCGGAGAAUGGCUGCCCAAACGCUGCAGGGACAUUCCUUCAUGGCCACCGGGCAGCAGCCCCUCAAGAAAGACAAGGACAGAAAAAAUUAAAACGGCAUGCACAUGUUAAACCUCUGGGAUUAUUUCUUGUGACCUUAAUAACGUAACUGUUACCACAUUAAAAAAAAAAACAAGUCUCGUGCCUCCUAACCUAACCAUCUCAACUCUGCCUCAACUCAGACCAGAAAUAUUCCAAGUCAAGACCUGAUCAGAAGAUGUCAACACUAUACCUGUACAAUGCUCCAUUUGAACAGCCAUCGUGUGAAUCCAUAUCCAUCCACUGUGAUAAGUUUAAAAACUUGACAUAGAUUUCUCACUUUUCUGCAUAGGGCUCUUUUUAAAUAAUCAUAGUAUGUGUAUAUAUAUAUUUUUGGUAUCAUUUCUGCAAUAGUUUAAAAAUAUGAGUAUACAGAAUGUUACAACAACAUAUGAAGUGUAUAUGCAGGAAUUAUGAUUAGGUUUUCAGCUUAAGAUGCCAAUGCAACACUUCUGGAUGUAUGCAAGGUGUCACCCAAGUUAAGCUUUAUUCCUAAUCUAUUUAUAGAUGUAUUUUUUUAAUCGAUGAAGGAUGUUCCUAAAUCUUGAAGUCUGUUCUAGGGGAAAGCUAAAAUGUGCAAUUCUGUGCCAAUUUCUUCCUGACUUCUAACUUGAGCGGUAACAUCCUAGCUUGGUACUCAGAAGUGGGAUCUUAAGGGCCUGUCCCACCAGCAUGCGAUUGCAAGCGUCCAGCGCGAUCAAACUGCUCGGGGUCAGUCCCACUUUGAACCACGGAGGCGUAUGGAGUUGUGCGGGUUUGGUCCCAACAUCGCGCAGGGCUCCGAAAAUCCCGCACUGUCCGAAAAUUCGGCGCUCCAACGGCCUGUCGGCUCGCAGGAGUAUUGAGUGCGUAUGUAGCGUCUCGACGGCGUACGCCUAGCGCGUGGCGUUGUACGAUGACGUCACCGCCCGGCGUACCAUUGCGUGAUGUGCAACGUCUAAAUUCAGUCGGCCCGCCUCCUGCCCAGCUGAUUGGUGAGUAUGACGUAAAUUACGUCACGCGCGAACAUUGCGCGUACUUACCGCGAACUCGGUUUCCGUUUGGUCGCGCUAGACGCAUGCAAUCGCAUGCUGGUGGGACAGGCCCUUUAAACUAGAACAUUUAAGGUGUGGGAGGAACUGCAGAUGCUGGUUUACACCUUAUCUACAAGAUAGACACAAAAUGCUGGAGUAACUCAGCGGGACGGGCAGCAUCUCUGGAUAGACGGAAUGGGUGACGUUUUGGGUCGAGACCCUUCUUCACUCUGAGGGUCAGGGGAGAGGGAGACAUGGAGAUAAGGAAGUGUAAGGUGUGAAAAUGAUACCCGAAACGUCACCCGCUGCCAAUCCCGUUGAGUUACUCCAGCAUUUUGUGGCAGUCUCUGAAUGUUUAAGGUCUUUAUGAGCGGUUGGAAAGAAAUUUAGCUGGUGAUGUUGGGUUUUAUGCAAGUUGAAGCAAAUAAACGCACCAUAAACUGAGAUGACGUGUUUAGAUGCAGGGAUUCACCCAUAUUUGGCUGAGGCGAAGUAAUAUUGUUAAUGGACACAGUGCUGGAGUAACUCCGCAGGUCAAGCAGCAUCUCAGGAAAACAUGGAUAGAUGACGGAAGAUAAGACACAAAAAGUCGGAGUAACUCAGCAGGUCAGACGGCAUUUCUGGAGAAAAGGAAUAGGUGACAUUUCGCGUCGAGACCCUUCGUAAAUCUCUUCAUCAACGUUUUCACACAGAGAAUUGUGAGUCUGUGGAAUUCUCUCCCUCAGAGGGCGGUUCUCUGGAUGCUUUCAAGAGAGCGCUAGACAGAGCUCUUAAAGAUAGCGGAGUCAGGGGAUAUGGGGAGAAGGCAGGAACGGGGUACUGAUUGUUGAUGAUCAGCCAUGAUCACAUUGAAUGUCGGUGCUGGCUCGACCGAGGGGCCGAAUGGCCCACUCCUGCACCUAUUCUCCAUCGACCCAUAACAUCACUAAUGCUUCCAUUUCUCCAGAGAUGCUGCCUGACCUGCUGAGUUACUCCAGCAUUUUGUGUCUUAUCUUCCGUUUUAAACCAGCAUCUGCAGUUCCUUCCAGCACAUGGAUAGAUGGCGUUUCGACUUGUGCCCUUCUUCGGACUGAACCAGCAGUUCCUUGCUUGUACAUGCUGACCUCCAAAGAUGCUGCCUGACCCGCUGAGUUACUCCAGCACAUUGUGUCCUUUUCUGUCAACCAGCGUCUGCAGUUCCUCGUAUCAACAAGGGCGACAUUGUUGUCCAUUCCACAGGGAGACGCUAGAGUUAAGUGCCUUUCGUGUGUCAACUUGUGGGAGAUACACAAGUGUCAAGUUUGCCGUUGCACUCGCUUAAGUAAGUUCUUGUAUUUUGCACAUUGCUACGAAAUGAAGGAAUGAAAUGGAUAGAUCAGUGCGGUGAAGAAUACUUUGUUUAUUUAAUUUCUGGAAAAAAGGUUUAUACUCAGUAGUUGACCUUGCAGGGUUUUUGGACAUAUUUAUACCAGGGCAACAAUGGAUUAACCCACUGACUGAUACAGGCGGUGGAUAGAGGUCAUCUUCCACAGAUGACAGUUCACACACGCUAGAGGCAGGAAACAUGUUCCCGAUGUUGGGAGUGGGAGUCCAGAACCAGGGGCCACACACAGUUUAAGAAUAAGGGGUAAGCCACUUAGAAAGGAGACGAGGAAACACUUUUUCCUCACAGAGAGUGGUGAGUCUGUGGAAUUCUCUGCCUCGGAGGGCGGUGGAGGCCAGUUCUCUGGAUGCUUUCAAGAGAGCUAGAUAGGGCUCUUAAAGAUAGCGGUCAGGGGAUAUGGGGAGAAGGCAGGUACGGGUUACUGAUUCGGGGUGAUCAGCCAUGAUCACACUGAAUGGCGGUGCUGGCUCAAAGGGCCGAAUGGCCUCUACUCCUGCACCUACUGUCUAUUGGCUGAUCUAAUAGCUUUUGGAUCUGGAUCAUUUGUAGGCAGGUAAGAGGAGGUCGAGUUUAAAUUAAUUUAUUGUCACGUGUGCUGAGGUACAGUGGAAAGCUUUUGUUGCGUGCUAACCAGUCAGCGGAAAGACAACACAUGAUUACAAUAUGACCGUCCACAGUGUACAGAUACAGGGAGAAGGGAAUAGUGUUUAGUGCAAGAUAAAGUCUAUUAAAAGUAGUCCAAGAGUCGAUUAAAGAUAGUCCACGGGUGCCCAAUGUGGUAGAUAGCAACUUGGGACCGCUCUCUUGUUGUUGAUAGGAUGGUUCAGCACACACAUUGUGGGCCCAAGGGCCUGUUCUAGUUCUGUAUACUAUCGUUGGCUUUUGGGUCACACUUCUGCCUCAAGUCAGAAGGUUCUGUUUUAAUCGCAUUCCUCAACAUCUCUGUUGCAAGAGAUCUUCACUCUGAAGUCCUAGAGCAAGGAAACAGGCCCUUCAGCCCAACUUGCCCAUGCCGACCAACAUGUCCCAUCUACACUAGUCCCACCUCCCUGCAUUUGGCCCAUAUCCCUGUAAACCUGUCCUAUCCACGUUCCUGUUUAGAUAUUUCAUCAAUUAUGCGAUGGUGCCUGCCUCAACUCCCUCUUCCUGUUGACAUUUUGCGUAAGAUAUCUCUCGACAGUCUGAAGAAGGGACCCUGGUUCGAUCCUGACUUCGGGUGCUGUCUGUGCGGAGUUUGCACGCGCUCCCUGUGACCUUGUGGGCUUGCUCCGGGUGCUCCGGUUUCCUCCCACAUCCCAAAGACUUCCAAGUUUGUAGUUUACUUAUCUCUCUGUAAAUUGCCCCCUGAGAAAGUGGGAUUAUGUGGAACUUAGGUGAACGGGUUAUUGAUGGUCGGCAUGGACUCGGUGGGCUGAAGGGCCUGUUUCCAUGGCUGUAUCUCUGAACUAAACUU